AACAUUUUAUUGAUAGAGUUUACAUCUGACGUCCUUGGUAUCAUUUGAGGUCCGGACCUUAGUUUUGACGUGGCUUUGUGUUACGUCACUUAACGUUCCACCUCCAGCCGUAUUGAUCAUAUUUUUCUAGGCAUGCUGGUCACAUGAAAAUUCGUACACAGAGAGUGACAUUAUGCUGUUUUAUUCAGCCAUUUUACUGGCAAACAUGAUUGUAUUAAUAAUUUGGCAGGCAUUUAUUGAUUGCUUUUGGUGGACUAGCUGGGUUGGAGGAGAGCAUUGAAGAAGAUAAUGAUCUAAAGGGAAAAAGUGCUUGUGAUGUUUUCAACUUAUAUUUGAACACGUGCCCUCACCAGGGAAGUCGAACAAUUCGGACAGAGGAAGCAAUUUUUAUAUCACUCCAGUAUUUCCAAGAACCAAUCAAUCGAGCACUUCAGAGAGCAGAAAAUCAAAGGUAGCUAUAACCCUCCUUGCAGAAAACUCUUAUUUUACCCUCAUAUUCAUUCUGAGGAUAUGAAGCUAGUAGUAGCCGCAAUACAAGAGACAGGCUAAUCAAGUAUGCAUGAGUGAAGAAAUUGCCUACACAUUUUUUACCAUCCUCAUUUUUGUUUUCGUUUGUAAUCCAUGCUCUAAUCCCAGAGGUCUGUCUUGCCUAAGAUUGUCAAAUCUUUACAGUUAGAUCUAUGUACCUGCCUAUAAAGACUCUAACAAGUUAGGUGGAUGUAUGUUCUUUUGCCUAAGUUAUCAUCUUUGGCACCACUAUAAAAUUGAUCUGCCUUGUACCUGCAUGUAAAAUUGAUCAAUUCUUAAGUUACUACUGCCCUUGUUUAUAGAGGAUGAUUCUGGAAUUUUCAUGAAGGGGGAUUUGCUGAGUGAAUUUGAAAAUGCCCUAUCAACACAGUGGCCAAAAUGCAUGUCAGGUUCUAGAUUGGUAGAAUCAAAAGAAAAUCGUUACCAGAGCCACAUUCAGCAUCGUCUGCAUGAACUCAAAGAAUUGCCUUCAAAUAGAGGUGAGGACCUGCAGACAAUGUGCUUGCUCGAACUCUACAGCCUAAAGUUAGAAGAGUUGCAGAGCAAGGUUCGGUCUGAUGUGAGUUCUGAGUAUUGGCUUCACAUCAAUUGUGCAUAUCCAGAAAGGCAAUUAUUUGACUGGGACAUGGCACGAUUGCCUUUUCCAUCAUAUGGCAACUUUAUUCCUUUCACGCCAGAAGUUGAUGAUCAAGCCAGAGAGAAACGAGAUUAUGAGAGGUUGUCCUGGUUAAGAGAGGAGGAAAAGAACCAAAUAGUGACGAGCAAGAAGAAAUUCUUCUUGGAGUUGGUUAAUGCAUUUCGUGACUUCCAACUGCAAAUUCAAGCUUCUCAAAAGCGUCAAAAGCAAAGGAAUGAUGGCGUCCAGGCAUGGCAUGGAAGGCAAAGGCAGCGUGCUACAAGGGCAGAGAAACUAAGGUUCCAGGCCCUUAAGGCUGAUGAUCAAGAAGCAUACAUGAGAUUAGUGAAGGAAAGCAAGAAUGAACGUUUAACCAUGCUUCUUGAAGAAACAAAUAAGCUCCUCAUUAACUUGGGAGCUGCUGUUCAACGGCAGAAAGGUGCUAAACAUCCAGACGGUAUUGAAGAUUUAAAAGAUUUGGAAGCAGACUCCCAUGAGGUGGAUGGUUCAAAGUAUGAUACCCCUCUAGAUUCACUUCUUGAGGCAGAUAUUGGUGAUGACUCUGGUGAUUUGCUUGAAGGUCAGAGGCAGUAUAACUCAGCUAUUCAGGCAAUUCAGGAGAAGGUAACUGAGCAACCAUCCAUGCUUCAAGGUGGAGAAUUAAGAUCAUACCAGUUAGAAGGGCUUCAGUGGAUGGUCUCCUUGUUUAAUAACAAUCUUAAUGGAGUAUUAGCUGAUGAGAUGGGUUUAGGAAAAACUAUACAAACUAUUUCAUUGAUUGCCUAUCUUAUGGAGAACAAAGGAGUGACUAGGCCCCAUUUGAUAGUGGCUCCUAAAGCUGUACUACCAAAUUGGAUCAACGAAUUCUCAACUUGGGCUCCCAGUAUUCAAGCUGUUCUUUAUGAUGGACGUGUAGACGAGAGAAAAGCACUGAGGGAAGAGUUAUCAAGAGAUGGAAAAUUUAAUGUAUUGAUUAGCCACUAUGACCUUAUUACAAGAGACAAAUUUUUUUUAAAGAAAUUUCACUGGUUCUACAUGAUCGUUGAUGAAGGGCAUCGGUUAAAGAAUCAUAAGUGUUCUCUAGCACAAACACUUGUUUCCAGUUACCAGAUUCAACGUCGACUUGUAUUGACUGGGACUCCAAUACAGAACAGUUUGCAGGAAUUAUGGCCAUUCAUAUUGAGGAGGAAAAAAGAUGAGGUAGAGAAAUUUCUUCCUUCUAGAUCCCAGGUUGUUCUGAAAUGUGACCUCUCAGCAUGGCAGAAAGCCUACUAUCAACAGGUCACAGAAUCAGGCAGAGUUGGGUUAGAUAGUGGAACUGGGCGAUCAAAGAGCCUACAGAAUCUUACAAUGCAACUGAGAAAGUGUUGUAACCAUCCCUACCUUUUCAUGGAUAAAUACAACUGGUGGCAGAAAGAGGAGAUUGUCAGAGCAUCAGGGAAAUUUGAGCUUCUUGAUCGGUUACAACCAAAACUUAGAAGAACCGGCCACAGAGUGCUGCUUUUCUCCCAAAUGACAAGUCUCUUAGACAUUCUUGAAAUCUACUUGAGACUCAAUGAUUUUACGUAUCUUAGACUUGAUGGUUCAACAAAUACGGAGCAAAGAGGGACAUUGCUAAAGAAUUUUAAUGCCCCAGAUUCUCCAUAUUUCAUGUUUCUAUUAAGCACCCAUACUGGAGGUCUCGGGCUGAACUUACAAACAGCAGAUACUGUCAUCAUUUUUGAUAGUGACUGGAGUCCUCAAAUGGAUCAACAGGCAGAGGAUCGGGCUCAUCGUAUAGGACAGAAAAAGGAAGUCAGGGUUUUUGUGCUGGUUAGUGUUGGAUCAACUGAAGAGGUAAUUUUAGAGCGUGCAAAGCAGAAGAUGAGAAUUGAUGCUAAGGUCAUCCAGGCUGGACUUUUCAAUACAACUUCUACAGCACAGGAUAGAAAAGAGAUGUUGGAGGAAAUCAUGUGUAGAGGAACAAGCUCAAUUGGAAAAGUUGUACCAAGUGAGAGAGAGAUCAACGGACUUGCUGCCCGAACAGAUGAGGAGUUUUGGAUGUUUGAGCAAAUGGAUGAGGAGAGGAAAGUUAAGGAGAAUUACAGACCUCGUCUAAUGGAAGAACACGAGUGGAUGAAGGCUGUUGAAAAUGGUGAAGACAUGGCAAAGUUAUCAAGCAAAAGGAAGAAGAGGGACCCUCUUGCAUCUGAGGACAAUGAGAAGAAGCUUAGUGAACAAAGGAAUGAGAGUGUACCUGCUGCAGGUGAGGGAGCAAGUGAAGAUACCUUUGCUUCAGCCCAAGGAGAUUUAAGUCUCACUGGGGAAUCAUUGAUAAAUCAUCCAAGAGACUCAUUUCUGAUGUGGGUAUGCCUGAGAAACCCACCAAACAUCAGGGUGUGGAGAAGCCUGAGGAUCGAAGUGUCAAAGGAAGCACCUGAUUCAGAAGCACAGAAUUCCAAUGGAAGAGGUAAUGGCUUGAUGUAACAAAGAUUGAAGAUCCUUAAUAGGGAAUGUGGCGCUGUAUGAACCUUCUCUAUUCGUGGUGUUAUACAGAUAAGCGGACUUCUUGACUUGGUGUCUUUAUAGCCAAUUAUACUCGCUGAGCUAGUGCCAUCUGUUCGGGUAUUUUU